CUGACGUUUUACAGAUACCUACCAUGCGAGUGUAUGAGGUGGCUACUUUUUACACUAUGUUCAACAGGAAGCCAGUUGGAAAGUAUCACAUACAGAUCUGUACAACAACACCAUGUAUGCUGCGGGACUCUGACUCCAUAUUGGAGGCUAUUCAGAAGAAGCUUGGAAUUCAUGUAGGAGAGACUACACCUGAUAAGCUGUUCACCCUGACAGAAGUUGAAUGUCUUGGUGCCUGUGUAAAUGCGCCAAUGGUGCAAAUAAAUGACCACUAUUAUGUAAGUAUUUAAAAUGUGCUUGUUAACUA